GUAUUUCACUUCAAUCUCUCAAAGUGAACAAAUCGUAUUGUAGAAAUUAAGAUGAAGAUCAUCUUGGUGGGAUUUUGUGUAUUUAUCCUGCAGUUUACCGCAGGAAAUUCAAAUAGCUUCGUUGAGGAAGUUUUCAAGUGGAAGAAAGUGGAUUAUGAGAAUUUUUCAGGAACAGAAAAUUCUUUCGUUGGACCAUAUAAAUAUUCCAUCCCUGAGAAUGAGCAUAUGCUAAGUAUGGGCUAUCAUCCAGCCAGUGGACUUAUGAUUGUGACCUUCCUGAGAACACGUCCAGGUGUACCGAUAACAUUGGGAGCUUUCUGUGCUAAUGAAUAUUCCCUGCAAUCUAGCCCAAAAAUAUGGAAGUUCCCCAACCCUUACGUGAACGAUCUGAAAGCUGCAGAUUUUGAAUAUUUCACCGAUAUUGAGGGCAGAACUCACACAAAUCCUGUCUCUAAAAAUCCCUACAAUCAAUGGGAGAAUUCCUUCUACAACAGAUUCCAGAAGAAUCAAUUUUAUCCUUUCGGACAAUUCCCAUUCCAAAGGGACGUCGUCGGGUUUGGCAAUGAAAGGCCAGUGAAUAUCCAGAGAAUUGUUUCAGUUUUCCACAUCACCGUUGAUGAGAGGUGCAACCGCGUUUUCUUUGUGGAUAACGGGCAAUUGACCUACAAUCGAAAUGAAACUUAUGCUAUUCAGAAACCAGCAUUGGUUGUUGUAGGACUUCCUGCAAAUGGCUGCCACAUCAGGAACUUCCCAGUCCUUCGUCGAGUUGAAUUCCCCGAUCAUGUCAUUGCCAAAGGAUCUGACGGAUUUGUACAUAUAACUCUGGACUACCAACCUGGAGAUUCCUGUGACGAUCUCUAUCUCUACAUUGCUAAUAUUUUCUAUAACUACCUCACUGUUUAUGAUUACAAACAAAAUGAUUUUUGGACCUUUGAACAUGAAACUUUCCUACCAAUUACUGCAGAAUCCUUCUUCGUGUUCGAUAAGAUAUUCAACUAUCAAUUGAACAUGGGUAUUGCAUCUGUGGCUCUUGGAUAUCCAGAUGAUAAUGGCGAUAAGACAGCUUUUUACAAUACUGUAGCUGGGACAGGACAAUAUGCUGUUUCUACGAAAGUUCUCAGGGAUAAGAGCAAAUCAGACGUGUACUACAAUCCUAAUGAUUUUGAGAUUAUGGGCUACCGGGGAUGCAAUCGUCAGAUUGUUAAAUCAGUUGUGGAUUACACGACAGGCGUUAUGUUCUACUCUGAGCUUCAAUCAAAUCAAAUUCGUUGCUGGAACAUAAGUAAACCCCUCAAUCCCGACAAUAUUGGGGUAGUCUAUGAUUCAGAGGACUACAAAUCUGGUGUGCAGAUAUUUGUCGACUCUUUGGGAUACCUCUGGUUCCAUACAACCUACGUUCCAUUUGUCUACAGCUCAGAUACUCCAUUGAAUCUCAAUGAAGUCACAUACAAAAUAUACCGUGUUAAGGUCUUAGACGCCAUUCGGGGUACAAUCUGUGGCGAAGGACUUCAAAUUGAAUAAAUAAUUUGAUGAAAAUAUUUUUAAAAAAAAAACUAUGUGAGAAUAAAAGAGUUUUUGAAAUAAUUUGAGAAGCAAAA